CCCUCCCACAAGACGCAACUGGCACCGCUAUAACACUUCAUUUUAUUUUUCCAUCUACUUUCUUCUUCAUCAUUUGUUUGCUUCUCAAAAUCUUCAUAAAUAUUACUUAUAUAUCUUUGUAUAUAUAAUAGUAAAUCAACGGCGAAGAUAAUGCCACUAAAUUCUGCGAUAUAUAUUGCACUUGGUAUAGUUCUCAUUGCCAUUGCCGGAGCCGAAGAUCCAUACAGAUUUUUCGAUUGGAAUGUCACCUAUGGCAACAUCUAUCCGCUUGGUGUUCGCCAACAGGGAAUUUUGAUCAAUGGACAGUUUCCUGGACCUGAUAUUUAUUCUGUUACGAAUGACAAUCUCAUUAUCAACGUCAUCAACAGCUUAGACGAGCCAUUCCUUAUCUCAUGGAAUGGGAUUCAACAAAGAAGGAAUUCGUUUGAAGAUGGGGUGUAUGGAACAACAUGCCCGAUUCCUCCAGGUAAAAACUUCACAUACAUCCUUCAAGUGAAAGAUCAAAUUGGAAGCUUUUACUACUUCCCUUCUCUAGCAUUCCACAAAGCCGCCGGUGGUUUUGGAGGUAUCAAAAUUCUAAGUCGUCCAAGGAUUCCUGUUCCUUUUGAUGAGCCUGCCGGUGACUAUACUGUUCUUAUCGGAGAUUGGUACAAGUCUAACCACACGGACUUGAAAGCGAUCUUAGACCGAGGACAUAAGCUUCCAAAUCCUGAUGGAAUUCUUAUCAAUGGACGUGGCCCAAAUGGCGCCUCAUUCACAGUCCAACAAGGAAAAACUUAUAGGUUAAGAAUAUCGAAUGUGGGACUACAAAACUCGCUCAAUUUUCGCAUCCAAAACCACAGGAUGAAACUAGUCGAAGUUGAAGGAACACACACUGUCCAACAAAUGUAUUCUUCUAUAGACGUUCAUUGUGGCCAAUCCUACUCCGUACUCAUCACAGCCGAUCAACCAGGCCAAGACUACUACAUUGUGGUCUCCUCCCGUUUCACGAGACAAAUCCUCACCACCACAGGUGUUCUUCAUUACACCAACUCCGCGGGUAAAGUCUCUGGCCCGAUUCCUGGUGGACCAACCACCCAAGUUGACUGGUCCAUCAACCAGGCCCGAUCCAUCAGAACUAAUCUUACAGCAAGUGGGCCUAGGCCCAACCCACAAGGUUCAUACCAUUAUGGUAUGAUCAACACUAGUAGAACCAUCAUCAUUGAAAGCUCGGCCGCUCAAAUUGAUGGCAAGCAAAGAUAUGGGCUCAACCGUGUCUCAUAUAAGCCCGUUGACACUCCAUUGAAGCUUGCUGAUUAUUUCAACAUCGGAGGUGUUUUCCGAGUUGGAAGCAUUUCUGAUAAGCCCCCCAAACGUAAGAUGUACCUUGAUACUGCUGUUAUGGGGGCUGAUUAUAGGACUUUUAUUGAGAUCGUCUUCCAAAACCAUGAAAAUAUUGUUCAAAGUUAUCACAUUGAUGGCUACCAGUUCUUUGUUGUUGGAAUGGAUGGAGGAGUAUGGAGUGAAGCUAGCAGGAAAGGUUACAAUCUUCGAGAUGGUGUUGCUCGCAGUACCAUUCAGGUAUACCCUAAAUCAUGGUCUGCGUUGUACAUACCCCUCGAUAAUGUUGGAAUGUGGAACGUAAGGACAGAGUUUUGGGCCCGACAAUACCUUGGCCAACAGUUUUACUUGCGUGUUUACACCAGCUCAGGGUCAAUCAGAGAUGAGUUUCCGAUACCAAAGAAUGCUCGCCUUUGUGGAAAGGCUAGCAAUCUCCACACCCGACCUCUCUAAUCUUCCACCAAAGUGAGUUAGGAAGUUGAGUUUAGAUUUGAUUUCCACAUGAGAUCGAAAGGAAUGAUUUCACGAGUUAAGACAAGUAUCUGGUUUCGUUAAUUGUAGUUGUGGUGCUAAAUAGGCACUAUUAUAGGAUGUAUUAGUACUCUCUUUAUGACCUUAACUCAAGGUCAGAUUAUUUUUAUUUUUCCUUUUGUUUCCACGUAAGUGGAUAUUUCUUUUUAACUUUUGAAUCUAUGUUUUUAUUAAAAGAAAUUCUAUAUUCUAU